GCUGAGCCUACGUCAAGCAGCGCUCCUCGGCCGUUAGCCCUACUUUGAAUUGUAAACCAGUGAUUUGUUUGGGAGUCUUGCUUCAAAAAAAAAAAAAGAAAAGAAAAAGAAAAGAAAAGAAACAAAGGAAUGUAUGUAUGUGUGCCCUCACAGGUUAUGGUGAAGGAGCAACAGGACAUCUGGGUGCUGUGGCAGGCAACGGAUUUGCAGGUUACGGGAAUGGUUACAGCAAUGGCUACGGAGCUGCGCUUGGUGCAGAAGGUCUUGGUGGACAGCUCCAGGGAGUGUAUGGGGGCGGAGCUGUUGAGCUUCCUUAUGGUGCCGGUCCAAUAAUUCCUUCUGGACUGGAAAGUGAAGGUGUUUACCCGUAUGCUGCUCAGCAGCUCAGCCUCGGCUCUGAAGGUGCCAAAGCCGCCAGCAAGUACGGGGUCGGAGUCGAAUUUGGAUCUCCACAAACAGGUUUUGGAGCACAGCUCGGACCCGCUCAGGAGGCCUUGGGAGACCAGGCUGGUAAAUAUGACGGGGUGAACGUUGCUCUUGGAAAUGGAUACAAAGGUUAAAUCAAGAGACCUGGACGUCUUCACAUCUUCAAGUGGAUUGUUGGUCUUCCUCAUAAUGUCUUCAGUGUCAUUUUUUUUAUUCUGUGUAAUUCAGUCCAUUUGAUGGAGUUGUUUGAUGUUUUGUCUUCCUGUUGUCCACCUUGUCUGCACUUGUAAGUGGAGAUUUGUUUUUGGUGUUUGUCAAAUCGAACCUCAUCCCACGUGACUCCUGUCGAACUUUACAAAGACAGAUAUAGAGUGCACAAACAGUGUAUUAAACUGACUAAUUUCCUCUUAUAUUUCAAUAAAUUAUGUCUGAAAUGA